CAUAUUUUGGCAUAACAUGAUUGCUGCUGAGUGUUCGACUGCCGCAACUCCUGUUCUUCCGUGACUGCUGCAGCCCUGCUCUGCCGCCACUGCCCGAGACAACGGAAUCCCUCCCCUCCGAACAGCUCCUACGUGCGUGAUCCAUCCAUAGAGUAGGGCCCUUCUCUUGCGCAUGUCCCUUCCAUCUCUCCAUUCUUAGUCUCUCAAAGCACGAUGAUAAUAAGUUGGCACAAUUCCCGGACGGCGCCCGCAGCGGCACUGUUACUCCUGGCCAGCACUGCGCUGGCCCAUGGAGGCCAUGAAGACGUCCCCGAAGGCGAAGGCAUUUCCCAGGAGCCAAUUGAUGGUAUACUAUGGACACAUAUGAUAUUGAUGGGGUUUGCUUUUGGGAUAAUCUUUCCAUUAGGCAUGGUUCUAGGGAUCGUGCGUUCGAGAUGGCAUGUCCCGGUUCAGGUUGUCGGAACGGUCGUCGCUCUCCUUGCGUUUUUCCUUGGUCACGGCCACAAGGGCCGCCAGUUUGAAAAGAACGUGCACGCCUCAUUCGCAAACUCGCUCAUGCUCCUGCUUGUAGUUCAAAUUGUCCUUGGAGCAUACCUCAAGCUUCAUUUGUCCAAAGGAAUCCAUGGGAAGCUCCGUCGGUACUUCGUUGCUGCUCACGGGGUACUCGGCAAAGCUAUGCCAGUGAUUAGCUGGGUCCAAAUGUUGUUCGGCGGUAUCGCUGCUUUGGGUUUUUGCCGCGGAGAUCACCUAGGGCAGUGCCUUGCCCAUUUCAUCAUGGGAAGUGCCUUCAUUGCUUACGGCAUUCUGCUUCUGAUCGUCCUGCUCGUUGGCCAGUACUGGUUGCGUCGAACAGGCCGGAGUCAGGAAUUUUUUGACUCACUUGUCAUUGCGGCUUGGGGUUGCGUUAAUACCUUUACAGAGCAUCGAUGGGGAACUGCCUGGGUGAAGAAUGACCUACAGCACACGACCAUGGGCAUUGUCUGGUGGUGUGCUGGUCUUCUAGGCAUGUGGUUAAGUAGAAAGAGGGAUGGCCAGCCCAAACGGAAUUUGAUACCUGCAAUUGUCAUUAUGUUGACCGGCUAUGCAAUGGGUGGCCACCCGCAGGCACUCAUGCUCAGCGAGAAGGUUCAUACCUUCUUCGGCUACAGUCUGAUGGCUGCUGGUCUCACAAGAAUCAUCGAGAUCUCAUUUGUACUGAAUGAUCGAAGCACAUUGAGUCCAGAUGGUUCAGAUCCUCACAGCUUUCAAUACUUGACACCUUUCGUGGGUCUUUCUUUCUCGGGUUCUCUAAUUGUCAUUUUGAAGCCUAGCUUGCUAACCUGCUAUUCUGUCUGCAGCUGUUGUGUGCCUCCGGCUUUCUUUUUAUGGGCGCGACAGAAGAGCAAAUUCAACUUCUCGCUGAUGGACAUGUCACUCAUGUGUCAUACAUACUAGUCCUGUACAGCAUGGCCUUCGUCCUCUUCCUCUUUGCCAAUAUUCUCCUUCACAUUUACGCCGUCUAUGCAUGGCCGGAGUCUGCCUCAAGGAGUAGCUCGGAUGAAGCUGAUGCAGAUGGUGACUGUCCGAAACGGCUUAGCUUCCCCCAGACGAAUGGCCACAUUCGGACUCACUCGGAGGCGCAGCAAAUUCAAGAUGCAGAAGCAUUCGAACUCCAAGGCCUUAUCUCUGACGAAGAAAACGAGACUGGAGAAGCUUCUGAGACUCCUCUGGGCCCCAAGAAAUCUACAGAUGAGGAGAAUCCUCUCGUUCCAAAGGGAGUGCCGAGAACUUAAGGAAAGAGCUACUGCAAAAAGAAAGUACUGAACAGAUCUUUUAUAUCACCGCUGUACCUUGUGUAAUGUUUCUUAGCGUGGAAAGGCGCGGGCGGGAGCUGCGCAUACAGUUGGCGGUUGCAGGUUCGCGUAUAUCCCGGUCUUGCAAGAACCAGUAGCCACGCGAAUUUUGGUUUAAGUACCGCCUUAGAUUUUCUGUUUUUCCAUUUUUCUUCUGCUAUUCUCAUUUCAUCAUCUUAAUUUGGCUACUUAGGCUGCGCAUUAGCCCUUUUUUUGUCUUGGAUGGCGUUUUGAUCUGGUCGGAACGAAUUGGGUUUAUUCGCUGCCGGUUCUUCGAUAGAUGCGGUAGAUGUACAUAUUCUUCUGUAUAAAAAUGCCUCUGUUGGCAUUGAACAUGGCUGUGCGCUACAAUGUCUGAUAAUAUAUCCCAUGGUCUGCAAUUGUAUACACUCCACCAUUCCUA